ACUGUUUAGGUAUUUGCCAUUUCCAUUGAGUUUGCUGUUCUGUAGAACAUUGGGCAGCUUCCUCUGUGCUUAAGGCUGUAUGGACUAUAUUUACCAUUGUCCAGCAACUCUGCAGUGAUGGACUUCAAUUAAAGGUCCCACUGCUCACAACACUGACGUGUUCUUUAGAAACGCUCAGAAGUGACGGUGGUCUCUUCAUAGAGAAGCAGUGAAAUCUUGGGUUGGUAGAACUCGAUCUCUGUCUAUGUAAUUAGCAUCAUGAAGUGUCAUAUUACACUGGAGAAUAAAGGUACUGUAGUUUGAACAACCGUUUGUGUAGUUUUGGUUUGUAACAGUAAUUUUUCUCAUCAGCUGUCUGUGACUGUGACUAACUUAAACUUUACCUCAGCAGCCCAAGUCUCACCCGCAGCAGCCCAGGUCACUUGCUUCCCCCCCCCCCAUGAGUUGUGGCUUGUGGUUAAGAAACAGCUAGCUCUGCUCUUUGCCUGCAUUAAAAUGAGAACACACUGACAUUCAUAGAAGGGUUUCGUUUACAAGAAAGGCAACUGAAACAUUUGCCGAGCUGUAAACACUGGUGCACAUCUCAGUGAGCACAGGGUUCAGUGAGCUGCUCGGGAUCCAGAGGACGGAUGGGCUUCCUGCACAAGAUCUCCAUCAGAGGACUGCCGUGGAAAAGAUGAAGGAAGUAGCAUGCUUUUCUGCUUUGCUCUUUGUGGUCUUAGUUGAAGGACAAACAUCACAACCAGCCCAUAAUGUUCAAUGCUACAAGAAAACCACUGAUUUUGAUGAAGACUUCACCUGCACAUGGCGUCCUGUAACACCUCUGCAGAAUGCUACUUACAAGCUUUUUUAUCAGGCACCCGGCCAGCACUCAAGGCACCACUCGAUUUGUACCACAUCACACACCAGCUGUACCGUACUCCGUGAGCUCCUCAUCACCACACGGACGAUACACAUGUGGCUGGAAGUCGAAACAGCGACCGGCACCUACAGAUCAGCCGAACUCACCGUGUGUCUCAAUAAUCAAGUUAAAUAUGACGCUCCUGAAAUCAAAAAAAUUUCACGGUCUUCAAAAAAACUGACUUUAUGGUGGAAUAAACAGAGUGAAGAACAUAGGGGUGCAGUUUACGAGAUAUCACUGAAGCAACUGGACCAUGAGCACUUGGUACAGGAAACUUUUGAAACCAACGAUGGCCAGAAUACACAAGAAAACUACACUGUGUCACUACAUCUUGAACAUAAUACCAACUACGAGGUCAUGAUCAGACGAAGGGCCAAGCAGGUGGAAGCGGAAAUCUGGAGUGAUUGGAGCCAAAUAAAACAAGUCCCCACCGAACUUGACAGCCAGCCAAAAGUUAAGUGGAAAGUGCAAAAACUUAAAAAAGGGGUUCGAUUGCUAGAAUUAAUGUUGGAGGAAUAUUCCAGGAAUGCCACAUUUGGAGGACUGAUGUACCAAAUUUCUACCAGUCCUGUGCCAUGUUGGCAUGACAUGGACAUUGUCUACACAGAGAGCACGAAUUACAAAUUAUCAAUUGCUGCCUCUACUGUAAACGUAACUGUCCGUGCUAAUAACAGUGUGGGUGUCUCACCGGAGACACACAUCACCAUCCCAGCUCAGUACUUAGACACUUGUCCAGAGAACCGGUCAAAAACCACGACAAACAACAAAAAGAGAAUGGAGCUGUGUGUAGUGUGGUACAGACUCACCGGAGAGACACCAAAACUGGCCGAUGAAAAUCACAGUACAGUCAAAAGUACAUCUCAAGCCUUCGAGAUUAUGAAUGCAGAAAUGGAAGACUUUGUGCGGUAUCACUACUUCAUAUACACCAAAGCCAAAAGAGGAAAGCAGCAGAUCACUGACAUGUGUCCAGUGUAUAAGAAAGAAGGGGCACCCAGAAGCUCACCUGGAAGCCUCACUGCUCUUAAUAAAACCCACAAUUCUGCUGUACUACAGUGGGAACCCAUACCUGUGUCAGAACAGAGAGGCUUUCUCAAAAACUAUAUAAUCUACAUCCUGGGACCGAACGGGACUGAAACAGUGAAAGUUCCAGGGUCUCAAAGUAAUUUCACGAUGCAAAAUCUUAAACACAGCAGCGUGUACUCCGUCCACCUUGCGGGACAAACAUCUGUGGGAGUGGGACCGAACACUACAGAGACCUUCCAGAUGAAGCCUAACCCUCCUACCAAGAAAGGGCUGCCCAGUUUCAGCGUCGUCACUGUGACGUGUCUGGUUGCCUUCUUUCUCAUGGCAUUCUGCAUUUUAAUUGUCAAAUGUAUCUCCGACAAGCUGCUCCCUGCUGUUCCCAGUCCCGUAAUCCCAGAAACGCCCUCCUACCACACAGAGAACCAUAAGGAGGCGUACCCCGUCGGGGAGGAGGUGGAUAGCCUAAUCCUCCAGCUUUACGAGCCCAGUGGCGGCGGAGGGUCCGAGCCCCGGCAGAUGGAGGUAGAGGUUUGCAGGACACCUUCGUAUGAGCAGGAUGAUGGCGAGAGCCAGAGCGACUCCGAAGAGCCCGAUGAGUCCAGUUUGGCCCUGAACCCUGAUUAUAAGAAGCAGAUACUUAGCGGUCCGGCUCAGCUCAGCCACCAGCAGAACAGAUGUGACGCGAUACCAGCGUACAAAAACGGACUGGUCCUAGAGAUGAGGGAGAACGCAUCAGAGGAGCUCACGGAGUCGUGGCCAGCACUGGGAUAGUGUCAAGACUGCUAACACAACUGCUAAUAAAGGAAUUAUGCAAA